AUGUCUUUGUACACGUACUUCAAACAACAAUUCGUGAACGAUGGUAUUAUGUUGGGUUGCACGCACUUUACCUGCGUUCAUUAUGCGGCCACAAUGGGACAUUCAGCGGACUUGAAUGCUGCUUUAUUUGUGUGUGGAGAUUUAUUGUGGGAUUACGCGCCGCGGGGGGGUGGGGUGAUGACAGGUUAUAGCUGGGGUAUAAUAGAACAGAAUGAUAUUAAAACAAAACAAGAAAAAAAAUCGAACGUGAACUGCAUGAAGAUUGUAAUACCUUUGCUGACGGUUGUGAUUGAUUCUAUAAACAGUCCUUGGUUUCUCUCAGUAAGUUUCGGGUGUCUGGAAAGGGAAAUUCGUGAUAGUGGAGGACCCCACCAUGGAGCGAGCGUUCCGUCGAGAGCGCUGCCAGGUAGUGAGUUCGAAACGUCGCUCGAGUGUGAAAUGUUCGAUAGUUGUCAGACGAUAAAUGCCGUACCCAAGUGUACGGAAGUCGCCGAAAAAAUCGUGCAGUUGUUCGGAUGGAGGCAGACGUAUAACGUGGAGAAACUCCAGAGGAAUGUGCCAGGGAGAGCCACCACGAGGAUUUCCAUCACCAGGUCGUCGCCAAGUCGCGACAAGAAAGAGGGUUCGGAUUCUUGGGUGUCCGUACAUAACCUGCAAUCUCAAGGAGGCGGUAUCUUGGACCCGGAUGAUCGAUUGAGCGAUGUUGUCGACGACAGAGAGCAGAUAUUAGCGAGCUUCGAGGACGGAGAUGGAGCGCACCAUCAUGGAGGAGGAGAUGGGGCCAGUGGCAGUUCAGUAGGAACGGGCAGUCCCGACAUAUUCCAUGACGGCGAACACAAAUACGGUCCCAACUACCCCCGAACUGACAUCGAGGUGACGGGUGAGCAAAUCGCGUCCGGAGUCCCUGGGGCGUUGCAAGUCCGGAGGGGCAGCGAACCCGCUCUUAACCAACUCCCGGUGGGUCCUCCGGCUCCGUCUGAACACACUAAGCGCUGGAGCGCCGCCCCACUAAUCCUAGAACCGCCCCCGCCCAUUGGGUACAACAGUAGCGACUGGAACGAAGAUGCGAAAGAAGAGGACGAAAGCAAUCCGGGAUUUCGACGGGUGGGACGAGAUGGGAGUAAUCGAUUAUCGAUGCAGUUUCUGGGUGACGGCGCGGGGUAUAGAUGGGCGGAAGCCGCCGAGCGAGCGGCGCAAUCAAGGGCCAGCACGUCCCUACCCAGAGAAAGCAAGCGAAAGGAGCCCUUAGGGCAAGCGAAUAGUACUAGUCCUGUACCUACGUCUAGUGAUAGUGCGGAGCUCAUUAUUAUACGUAACGAACCUGGACCGCUCGGUAUCCACGUCGUACCGGAUUACGAUAGGUUGGGGAAGGACAGGGGGUUGUUAGUCCAGGGGAUAGAGCCCGGGAAGAGGAUCGAUCGCGAUGGGAGGUUGGCCAUCUAUGAUCGGAUCGUGGAAAUUAACGGAGAAAAUUUACUUAAUAUGCCAUUCCAAAGGGUGCAAGACAUCUUCAAACUUCACCUUACUUCGCCAGAAUUAAGACUGAAAGUAAUAAAAAACAGCGGCUUGGACAGUCUUCGGAAACCUCCGGCUCCAAUCUACCCGAGGUUUCCCGAAGACAAAGAGAACGUUUCUAUGGUAGAGUGCGAACAGAAACAAAGUACAAACACUAAAGUAGCGACGGUGUCCCCGACUAAGAAAGUCCCGGCCAUUUCGAAGAAUCUUAAGUCUCUUUUGACAGCGAAUACCAGGAAGAUCGGCCGAAAAAUCGAAAUCGAUCUCGUGAAGGGUCCUCACGGGUUAGGGUUUAGUAUAACGACUAGAGACAAUCCCGCUGGAGGGAAUUGCCCGAUUUACAUUAAGAAUAUAAUUCCAAAAGGGGCAGCCAUUGAAGACGGACGUCUCAAAAUCGGUGAUCGCUUGCUAGAAGUGAACGGUGUAGAAAUGACCGGGAAAAGUCAAGCGGAAGCGGUGGCGGUACUCAGGAACGCACCACCCGGGAGUACGGUGCGGAUCGUCGUGUCCAGACAAGAAGACGUCAUCGAGAGUACCCUCCCCAGGAUCAUCGACUCCGAGCAAGAAAAAGAAGUGGAUCAAGUCGCUGAGGUUGUUAAUGGUAACGAUGUACCUCCUAACAUACCUCCGCUCCCUCAAAGUCAUCUUCAAGCUCUGCAAAACAGAGCAGCUGAAAAGAAUGGUUCGGUAGCUAAAAUCAUAUCACAGUUCCAAGAAGCGGCAAACAUCAGCAAUCCCCCCGAAAAGUCCGACGACAACAUGAUCUUCCCUUGGAAGCACCGCGAGAUCCUCACUCUUAACAUCCCCGUACACGACUCCGAGAAAGCCGGGCUGGGGAUAAGCGUCAAAGGCAAAACUAGUGGGUCGCAAGACUUGGGGAUCUUCAUCAAGAGCGUGAUCAACGGAGGCGCGGCGUCGCGCGAUAAGCGCUUGCGCACCAACGACCAAUUGUUGAACGUCAACGGGAUAUCGCUGCUGCAGCAAUCCAACAGCGACGCUAUGGAGACCCUGCGCAAAGCUAUGUUGCACACAGAAGGUCCAGUGCCUGGGAACAUCACGCUGACGAUAGCUAGAAGAGCGUCGUCUCCUGGUGCCAACCGAAGCUUUAGUAGUAGAGGCUCGGACCCCAAUUUGCUCAACGUCUCCAGCGAACUGUACCACUCGAACGACACGGAACCCUCGCAUAGCAACCAUUCCGGAGCCAGUGGCAGUAGUACCAAUACUGUGAUCUUCAACCCUAACCAGAACGGGGUCGACGUCAAGCAAGCACAAAACAUGUCGCAGAUGCACACGUGGAACCCGGUGCUGGAUCGCCUCACCGGGAAUAACAAGCAACUGAGGAACGAAAGCUACUACAAAGCGACGCACGACACCUGGAGCGCUAGUAUGUUAGCGGCGAAUAACUCCUACGGGAACUUGACGAGCACGACGCUGAACCUAGCGCCAGCUGAACCCAUUUUGAUCGAGGACGAGUACGGGUCCAGAGUGCUAACGCAUCAGAACACGCGAAUUAACGUCCACAUGACUAACAAAAUGAACGGGAGCAUCCCCGAGAACCGCAACGAGCACGAACCCGACGGCAAGGCCACGAUUCCUGUAGACGCUAAAAGCGUCGACCCGAAUUCGCAGGUUCAGGGUACCGACGCCACGUACGCCAGUCAGCUGUCUCUGGAGAACCCCCAAGGGUUCUCGAGAGACGCUUUCGGUCGACAGAGCAUGUCCGAGAAGCGCCACGCCACCUUAGACGCCAAAAACACGGACACGUAUCAAAGGACGAAGAAACUUCGCGAAGAACGAAAAAGUAAGGAAUGUAACACUAACUUAGUCAGAGUUGGGUCAGUGGAGUCGGUUAUAAGUGUUAAUCGCUCACAAGAACAUCCCGAAUAUGCGGAUAAGUUGGGGCAGCUGGGGCCGUCGUUGGGGAUGAAGAAGUCUUCCAGUUUGGAGUCGCUGCAGACGAUGGUCCAAGAAAUACAAAUGCAGGAAGAGGGAGACCCUGCGUACAGUUACAGGGGGCUAUCUGGAGGCCCGAAAGUGAUAAGAGGACGAGGCUGUGAGGAAAGUUUUAGAGCCGCCGUGGAUAAACACAUCGUGGAUCCCAACCACCAGUCUGAAAUAAGUGCCAAAAAGCAUUGGUUGCUUGACGGCCCAAUGGAGAACGAGCGCGAAAUCGACGGCUUCAACAACGUCCGUGGCGCCCCCAGACAGUCUUCAUUGAACGCCGCCCUCGACGGCAAACACAAAUCCGCGAAAAAGAAGCCCAGUUUGCUGAAAGGCAUCGGAUCCAUGUUCCGUUUCGGCAAACACAGGAAAAUGGAGUUCACCAAUAUCGACGUCCAGCAUUACCACCACAGUAACGAAUUCGACUCGAAUGCCAACCAGCAAGCACCAGUCCAGGAAACGGAGCACGAAAAUCAGAACGCCAACGAGAGAUUGCAAGAACAGCAACAGCAAAAUCAACGGAUCCAGCAACUUAUUCAGCAACAACAACAACGGGAACCUUUGUAUCAGAGACACGGCUUCGUGCACCGACACGCCGAGCAAGUCCAGGUUAUCCCGGAGAACUCGGUGGCGCCGCCUGUGAAGUACCGGAACCAGGUGAACGUGGAUCAAGGACAGAGGCGGGCUGAGCGGAAAGUGCACGACCAUAGGAUGAGACACACGUACUAUCAAACCGACGAGCGAGAACCCAUUUACGACCAGCGCCCGAAUCAGGUUAACAACUACGGGGAGUACGGUGGCAGGCCUGGCAGUCGCUCGGGGAUCACCGAAUCCGUGCCGUUCACCCACUACGUCAACUACAACGAGCUGCAGAAUCACUUAAGCCGUAAAGAUCCGCUAUCUGACAGUCAGAUAGUUCAGAUGCGUCUGCAAGUUCAACAGCAAAGGUUAAAGGUGGAGGAAGAAAGCCGGAAGCAGCAUCAGUACCACUCUCAGCGUCAAGCUCGAACCGACAACCAGCUCCGACCAGUCUCGAAUUUCUACGAAUAUGAAAGUAUCCAAUCCAUGUUGAAUAACCGCCCGGCGCGGGCGAAUCCACCCCCGGUCCACCACACCACCCAGCCUGUGACGUACCAAGACGUCAAUUCCAAUUCGCUGCCCAGACAAGGUCAGCAGCAGCAACCGCCACAACAACCAGUGCAGGGUCGACACCCCAAUCGGAACCAACACAGAGGGCCGUUUGUGACCCACGUGACUAUUGGCGACAGCCAGCAAAACGGAACGAAAGUGUAGGGUUAUGUCGUGCUCAUUUUCAAUUGGUGCUGAAAGUAGUUUAGUGAUCCAAUCAGUAUUAAGGAAGCUAUUUCGGCACCGCGUCCAUUUAGUUAUGUAAUAAGUAUUAUUUUAUCUGUAUAUACGAACUCUAUAUUUUAUAUGUAAAUAUUUAUAUGUAUAAUAGAUGAAGAGGAAAUUUUAUACAAUGUACAUUCCUUUUGGAAAAUAAAUACGAGUGAAAAAUCUA